CUUUCCCCUCUUUCAAAUUACAAAGAAAUAAUUUCUCCUAAUAGACUCUACUCUCCCUUCUCACUUACGAAAAUGCCUUUCCAAAUCCAACCCGCAACCCUGGCCAACGCCCCGGAAAUCGGCAAAAUGCUCCAGUCGGUCUCAAAUUCACCCCGUAUAAAGCAGGAAUUCAAGGAUUGUACGGAGGAGGCGUGGCUAGAGUGGAAUGUUAAGGCUGUGGAGGCGGAGAUUGGGGCGUGUGGGGGGAGUAAGGGAGAGGCGGAGGCGUUGGUGGUGGUUGAAGGUGAGGGGGGAGAAAUUGUUGGGUAUGCGGUAUGGGGGUGGGGGUUUGAGACAAGCCUCUCCAUCACGCGUGCAAAAGACGCUGUCCGUCUUCCUGAAGGCUGUAAUACCGCCCUCCGACGCUCAUUCCUCGCCACCCUCUACAAGAUGGAAGCCGAAAACCAACCUCAAUCUCCCUUCUACGAACUCCUCGAACUAGCAACAAGCCCCAAAUUCCAACGUCGCGGCAUCGGCUCCCAACUCAUCAACUACGGCCUCGAAAAGGCGAAGCAGGACAAAGUGAAGGUUUACUUAAGUGCUGCGCCGGGAGGCGUGCCCGUUUAUCGAAAGUUGGGGCUUGAGGAGGUGGGCAGGCUGGAGGUGAAUCUGGAGGGAUUUGGGGCUGAGGGGGUACAUGUUCAUGUUGCUAUGGUUAAGGAGCCGUUGGAGUAGGAGUGAGAGUUUGGAUUGAUGAGAGUAGCAGGAAGAUAUGGUGUGACUUAGUAGUCUUGUGAAAUGGUAGUCCAUGAGAUAUGUUGAUAAGUCAAUGUUUACCCUCGGGUAGAGCGCUUCGGGAAGAAAGGUUCUGGCGGGUAAGAUAUAUAAUAGUCUAUUGCAAAUACC